AUGGCCGCAACGAUCCGCGACAACUUUUGCUCGCUCAAUCGAAUGGAGAUUCCACGUCCGAAAAUGCAAGGAUUCCAGUGGGUGCAAACGAGAGGACGACUAGGAUUCUACAAGACCAUUCGUGCCAAUGCACCUAAAUACGGGCUCCCGGACAUUAAGCCACCAGGGCCACGACGAGGAGUGCUUGGAGAGGAUCUCUUCAGAAACUCAAGACCAGAGACAGUGAAAGAAGAGGACAGUGACGGAACGAUCUCUCCACCACAGCCAACUUACAGACAGAAUCGAGGAGCCAAUAGCUCGACUGAUCGAAGCAGCACUAGCAGCCAGCUUUCAUCGGACAGUUCUCGUCGCUCAUCACCUGAUCCGGAGCCCGAUUACCCGAUGGACUACGUUCCCCCGCAAUUCCCUCCACUCCGACACUCUCCCCCGCGACUUCCCAGCUCGAAAUCCGGGCAAAUCGUUCGCAAAUUC